GAAAGUGAAACGUGUCGCCGGCCCCCAAACGCAGCAAGUGACGGUCAGGUCAGUUCGGCUUUUGCCAUACCCGAGACCCAACACCAGCGCGCGUGUGCCAAUCCCCUCGCGCCCUACUCGUCAGCUUCUCCAAGCUGCCAGAGUACAUCAAGAGGCCUACACACCUCCCUAUGCCCAUGAUGCCUGCGCCGUCGCUCUCCAUCCAGGUGCAUCCCAGCCUACAAACCGUCUACGUCCGUAUGAAGGACCGGUCGGGCACCGUCGCUAUCGAUAUGACGCCCUCUCUGCUGUCCCCCAAGGAGCUCAUCGUGCGCUUCCACGAACAAGCGUUCGGCAAGAGCUUCGCAGCCUUCGCCGCCAAUUCGAGUCUGCUAGCUCGACGCCGCAAUGAAGAGACGCUUGUUACCAGUCUCAACGAUCUGCAGGACGGCGAGGUGCUGGUCUAUAAGCCUUGCGAGGAGCUACGCACACUCGUAGAACAGGGAUGUAUCACCCCCGUGCUCGCCACACACUCCCCAGUAGUAGACGUGAGUCCGUCCAGCUCCCCGCUUGGUUUAAAACGCAAGGGACGCGCCAAAUCCGUGACCAACAACGUCGAGCGAGUGCACCGGUACGCGUCCGAUCUGGCCAAGAUGGACGUGUCCCCUAAAGAGAGGGAACUCAUUGAAGACAUGCUCAUUGUGGGCGACGAACAGGUCGUCGACGCCAUGGAACAAUUCGUCGUGCACCGGAACCCAGCGCUAGUGCGUCGGGUACUGCACGGCCCCGCUGCUAAGAAGAAGAACGCGGCAUUAGACAAUCUCUCGAUGGAUUUCUCCUCCAUGGACAUGCACUCGCCUGCCGUCCCCACAUCCGGACACGACUUCAGCGACCCGUUCCUUGUAGGAGGACAGAACCCGUUCGUACGAGCCGCAGCGGACGCCGAACCGCAGCAUCCGUCCAUGAUGAACGUAGACGACCACACUGCGACGGACGGAGGACGUCCGUCGCUCCUGUUCGAUGACGCGCUGUCCAGUCCGCCUAUUUUCCUGCAGUCUAUUAAGGAGAAGGUGACACCUCCAUCCGGACAGUCGGCACGGAUGUCGUUGUCGCUGUCGAACGAUCUGGACCCAAGUAGGAACGCACAGACGCCCACGCAGCUCUUCUCAGUGGAGAAACUGCUGGACAAUGUGCCCGUCGCGCGCAAUUUCCACGAAAAAUACACGGUGGGUGCAGUACUAGGAUCGGGCAAGUACUCGGUGGUGAAGCGGUGUACCAAACAGUCGACGGGCGAGCAGUUCGCAGUCAAGAUCAUCGACAAGCGACAGAUGAUCGAGGUGCGUUUCCUCAAGAGGGAGCUAGAGAUUAUGUAUGGACUACGGCAUGACGGAGUCGUCCGACUUACGGAGCUAUUCGAGAGCAACGAGAGUCUCUUCCUGGUUAUGGAGCUGUGCGGACAGGAACUGUUCGAAUUUAUUGACCGGAACGGGCCACUUCCCGAGUCCACCACACGUCCACUUAUCCGUAAACUCGUGCGUACAGUCGCGUAUCUGCACGCACAGUGCAUCGUACACCGCGACAUCAAGCCGGAGAAUAUUCUACUACCUCCAAACAGUCAGGACAUGAGUGAUAUUAAGCUCUCGGACUUCGGAAUUGCGCGAAAAUUGGACGGACAUGGUCACGAUAAUGUACUUACGCCACAUGAAAGUCUGUCCGAAGUGGCAAACCUGCACGACGCGCCGGCGACGAGCGCCACGGGCCUGCCGUCAGCCACGGAUAUGGUACGUAACCGGAUGGCACGAGCACACACCAAGUGCGGCACACGCGACUACAUUGCGCCUGAAGUUAUGAGCGGCAAAGGUUACGGCACUGAGGCUGACUUGUGGAGUGUGGGCGUAGUGACGUACGUGCUCGCCAGUGGCUGUGCGCCCGUGUUCCUGCCCACUGCUGAAGGUGUCAAGAAGGUGUUCUUCGCCGAUGAAACGUGGAGUGGGGCGUCCGAAGACCUUAAGCGGUUCAUCGAGGCGCUACUGGUGCGCAACCCGGAGAAGCGGAUCACUGCCGCUGAUGCGUUGGAACAUCCGUGGCUUAAACAGUAAAGGGAUUCCAAAUUGUUAGCUGUCAACUUAGAGCGGAGAGAAGUUACGAGUGUUAGCAUAGCUUUUUUAUCAAGAGACCGAACCAAAUACUAUGUAUUAAAGCAGCGACCUGAGCUCUUGUCCAUUCUAA